GGGACGGCAUCUAUGCCGUCGUGGCACGGCUGGACGGCGAGCUCGCGAAGGAGCGGCAGCAGCGCGAGGCCGUGGAGGCGCGCGUCGCUGCGCUGGAGAUGUCCGUCGUGCGGGAGCACGAGGAGCGGGAGCUCCAGCUGCAGGGCUUCUCAGGCGAGCUCGAGCAGACGAUGAGAGAGAUCAUCGCCCGAGUGGACGAGGGCUUGUCAGCUGGCGCCCAAGCGAUGCGAGAACGGUCGGACCAGACCGAGGAGAGGCUGCGCACCCUCAUCCAGCGCGUCGACGAGGGCCUUUCGGCCAGCGCCGCGGCUCUGCAGGACACCCUCAGCAGCGCCGGGCAGGGCUUCGCGGCCGGCCACCGACCACCCACCUCCCGCGACGGAGGCGGAGCCCAUCACCGCCAGAGGAGUCCGGCCAGGGCCUGCGCCCCGAGCGCCAGCUCCGAGGAGGACCCGCCAGGCUUCGAGGCGACGACGACGACGGCCGCGCGCGUCCCGGACGCGGACAAACUGAUCGAGUCCUGGGACCGCCUGCGCCAGGAGAACCUGGUGCUACGCGAGCAGCGUGCCCUGCUGUGCCGAGCGCGAUCGCCAGCCCGCGCGCGUGCCGUCGUUCAGCCGUGCGUCGGCAUGCCUACGCCGUAUCCGUGCACAUUGCAGGCGGUCGCCCCGCCAGUUGUGCGGGCCACCGUGGGCGUGGCCAGCCACGCCCUGGCCGUCGCCGCCAGGCCGCCGUACUGA